AUGAGAUCACAUAAAAAAACUUUAAUACUGAACGGGAAUAUAUCAUACCAGUGUAAAUUUAAAGGAAAAACAUAUAUUGUAAGCCAAACAUGUCCAUUUGACUCCGUCGUAGACGCCAUUGCUGUCUCCUACACGGACAAUGUAAACUACAAAACCUACAUCGACAAUACCAAAAAUAAGUUUUUGCAAUUUGCUAAAAAUCUAGCGUUGUAUGGAGGUACAAAAUCAUUGUACGAAGAAAGAGUACUACUAAUGUUGUUUUUUGAUAAAUUAGAAGUGUAUUCUAAUGUGUUCACAAUAAACGCAGAAUGUAAUAUUACCAAAAUUAUACAAUGUUAUUUGAAGAAUGACCCGAGUGCAACUCAAAAUAUUGACUGUCAUAAAUGUGGAAAAACAACACUCAAUUCACCUACAGUUAUUCUUCCAAUAACACAGGACCUUCAAUCACUUCAAUCAUCAUUAUUAGAUUACACAAAAGGGGAAAAAAUUAUGUGUAGAAAAUGCGAAGGAUUUAAACAUUCCGUUAGAAUAUUAGGUCCACAUUUAUUUAUAGAGACUGACAUUAACAAUAUUCAAAUUAAAUUGGAUGAAAUCCCAACAUUAUUGUGUGAAAAGUAA